UCGAAAUGGACGGUCUGCUGGUGCCCGGCACGAUAUGCGACCACGAGUUCGUCAGUUCGCAAUCGACGCCUCAGUACGGACGAUUUUAUUCGCCGCGGUACCCAUCCUCCUACCCGAAGAACAUCCGGUGCUCCUACCUCUUCCGGGCAAGGUUGAAGGAGAGAAUCCGUUUGGUCUUUGAAGAGAUUUCUCUGCAAAAAGGAGAUCUAAGUUGCCUGAAUAGGGCGGAUUUAAUCAGGGUGCACGACGGAACGGAUUCAGGGGCGCCCACAAUAGCCGUACUCUGCAACCAGGGAGCGGAAGUGGAGGUACUCAGUACGGGACCAGGUCUCUAUGUCGAGUUCGUCGCUAAUUCCGAAUGGCCGGGCCAGGGUUUCAAGGCGAUGUUCCAAUUCCAGCCAUUGGACGAUGCGCUGCAUCCUGAGCCGGACAAGAUCCCAGGGGCCGUUACGGGGAACCUCAAGUACUCGGUCAUCGGACCAGCUGUCAGCGCUACUACGUCGCUGUGCGACGUGGUUUACAACAGCGAUACAACAAAAACGGGCGUAGUUAUGUCACCUGGAUACCCGAACCCAUAUCCACCCAGGACACAGUGUACAUACGACUUUCAAGGAAGAGGAAAGGAACGGGUGCAGGUGGUAUUCCAGGACUUGAAUCUGUUUCAUUCGCCAACUGAUCCGAAUGACUGCGAGGGAGUCGAUUCGUUAGUGGCGUUCGUGCACAUAGACGGAAAGAAGGACAAAAUAGACUCCUUCUGCGGGGACAUACCGCCGCGGCCCAUCAUGAGCAACGGUCCGCGGCUCUCCUUGGAGUUUCAGGGACUAACGUCAUCUCGCCACUCGAGGGGCUUCAAAGCGACGUACACCUUCAUGGAAAACUUCGGUAUAACGACAGGUCGGCAGGAGGGGCAGUACCCGUGUGCCUUUGUUUUCAACAGCAACGAGACCCGGAACGGUACGUUCGCGUCGCCAAAUUACCCCGGCCUCUACCCCCGUAGCACGGAAUGCUACUACUUCUUCUACGGUCAGUCUAACGAGCGGGUUCACCUUCAUUUCCACUUCUUCGACGUCGAGGGAGUGUUACCGUGCGAGGCUAUAUCGGCUAGCGAUUACGUCGAAUUCUCCAACUAUAUGAUCAGAGACCGGAAGUAUCCGAGGCACUGUGGUCAGCUGAAAGAAUUCGACGUUUACAGCGACAGGAAGUUCUUCCGUGUUACGUUCAAGAGUAACGAUCGUCUCGACGCCACGGGCUUUAAUGCCAGUUACGUGUUUCUGGACGAGGAAGAAAAUUACACGCUGAAGAUACCUGCGAGCAACGGAUCGGCACGGCAUGGUACCGCGUCUUCACCCCUGCAACCGUUGUUGCUGCUGCUGUUGCUGCUGUUCACCGACCUGGUUGGCGGCAGAGGUUCGCAUUAAGAAAGGGCAAUCACGGCGGACGAGGCUCAAUCUACAACGAACCGCAACUUUAAGAUCGAGAGCCAUUUAGAAUCACCGAUAGCUCACAAUCAGCUCAGAAGAAGAAAGUGACGACCUCGUUGACAAAUUCGUCGGGAGGGAGUGUGUUACUCAAGUCUAUUAUCCGACCGGGACACGAAGUCUUAAAUUUGUCCACGCAUCCUUUCUCAUUCUAUCCCAUUCGUCCGCGUCACGUUGACUAUUUCGAGGAGAAAGCAUCGGCGGUAAAGUACUUUUACUCUAAACAGCGUGCAAGAGAAACGACCGGACUGCGGACGAUGUCAUUCGUCGGGAACUCGUCGCAGCCCUCCCCGCCCGUAAACAGGAGAAGUGGGAUUAAUUGGCUGCGUGGCUAAAUUGCCGAUAGUAGCCUACGUGGGUAAGUUACCGUCGACAAUCAACUCUUUCGAGAAGAAUUGUCAUCUUUCGGGGAGGUACAAGCAAGUCUUGUCUCGCGGUGGUUGCACAAAAAGAAAAAAAAGAAAAACAUUACGACUCAUUGCCGCUGUUUUUCCGAUUUGAGCAAAUGCACCUUAAGUGCACGCGAACUCUGUUUGUCGUUAUACAAUUUAACUUUAAUCACGGUUUAAAGGUUGAAGAAUGAAAUCCGCAGAUGCGAAGCACUUUAUUUCUCAAUAUUUCUUUCAAUACUGAGAGAAUGUUAAGCGCGUAUUCUCUUAAGCCAGGUCCAGGGUGAAGGUGCGCGAACAAAGAACGUUUGUCGGCGCUCGUUCAUCUUGUUCGGAUUCGGCUUUAAAGUAAGUCACUUGAUUAUUUAAGCCUGAUUUUACUCGUUCAAUGGGUAAUGUUUUUCUCCUCUCGCGGGGAACGAAUCUCUUAAGUCAUCGUAAUCGUCUGUCCGUAUAUCGCUCGAAAGUCAUACAUACCGUAGGAAAAAAUUCGCCUUCACAAGUACGGACGGACUUUUACUAUACAUCCUCUACACGACUGUGAUGUUCCCGUUCUUUCUUAGUUUAUUAGAGACGAAAACAAGUCUGAUCAUUCGCGAUAGCGAACAUUCGUAAUCGAUAAUUAGGUCCUGGAGAUACUAUUAAUCGCCGAUCGCAUCAUGGAGACUUAGAAAGCGUAUAGUUAAGUAUUUAUCGUGAAAAAUCCUGUUUCGAGCGUUAAACUAACGGGAAAUUCGUGUAACAAUCCGAAAAUUUCCCAUUUCGAAUCCAGGGAGAAUACGUAAACGUUUAACGGAAUAUAUGAGAGCGAUUAACGAUUGCAAUCCUUAAAAAUGCGCGUUCGAUUGAGCGAUUUCGGCGAUGAAUGUUUCAAUAAUGAGCAAUACGUGAUCGACCGAAUUUACAGGCUAGUGAUGAUUAAAGAGGGAUAUUUUGGAAACAUUUUUUGAGCUUGUGGACUGCAUCAAUAUUGCACAAUUCGAUAUCACGGGUACAUUGGUAACUACCAAUUCUCUCCAAUGCGUAUUUCAUCUGUGUAUGAUGCAAAGAAUCGAUCGCAUUCAAACUAAUCGCAUUGGUCAAACUAAUUUUCUCGUUAAAUCGGCACUACAUCAGCAAAACGUGAAUAUGGUCAAAUCAAUAUUCUAAUUUUCUGUCGGAAUCGUUAUUAGUGUUUCGCACUAAUUCAAUUUUCAUUCCUCCGUUAGUUGAAUAUUUUACGACCUAACUUUUCUAAGGCGUGCACGCGGAAUGUUAUUAUUAUCGACUUUUUCGUUAAAGCAGGACCUUUAACUAAUUCUUUGACAAAUUAGGAAACAAUUUUUCAUCGAGAGAAAAA